AGAUUCCAGGAAGUGUAUUUCAGCUGUAAAGAUUUUAUUAUGAAAGAUUUCAAAAAACAAUGACUUGAAUGAGAUCUUUUAUCUCAAAAUUUGUCUGUUUUUUCUUUAAGGAAGCUCCUGUCACGGCGUCCAUCAGCAACCACAUCCCAGCAAACCUUGUAACGUGCAAGAAAGUACACCAUGUGCAAGACAAACGACAAGAGCCCAAUUGUAACUCUAUCCACCCAGUUACGAAUCCCUCACAAAAAACCAAAUAAUGUUGUCCAAGUGGGUCCAUCUUAAGCUCUUGUCUAAAAAUUUUUAUCUAAUUUUCAGUGCUCUCCUCCUGCCAGUUUUUAUUUUUUUUGGCUAACAUCAAUGUUGUUUACUACUCUGUUAUUAGUCUAUUCAUUAGGCUAGUCUCACUGUUUGUGUAGUCGGUUUGAGUGCGCAAUGUGGGGCUUUCUUUUUGUUCUUUACUUUCUUUGCUAAGCUUUGCGUUGCCGUGCCCAUUUCCUUCAUAGUGGGAUAUACCCACCUCAUCGAUUUUGGUACUUUCGUUUUACUUUAAUUACUAGUGCAAAACGAAUGAAGAGUCCAUUAUUGUUGGGUAUCUCUAUUUUGCACCAGAUAUGGCUUUCUCUUCUUGCUUGUGCCUCCCUCAAAUCCCGUUCAAGCUGCCUGGAAUAUGCAUUUGAUAAGGAAAUCAAGUUUUGGGGUCCUCUGCAGCAGAUUUACAUCAGUGUCUGGGCGGAAUAUAGGAUCGCGGCAAAUUGAGAAGGUUGGUCCAAAAUUCUCGUUCUCUCUUAAAAGCAACAGCACUGAACUUUUUGGCCAACAACUCACAAGAGUGGAAGCUGACUUACUUAGUAACUGGAGUUUUCUGGGAGGUUCAAGAAUUACUAUUCGACCAAAACUUGCAAGAUUCACUUUGUGUCAGAAAUGCUCCGGAGUAUAUGCAUCAUGGUUGACAAAUUCUCAAAUUGCAAGCAAUGUUUUUACUUUAGGAACUGCAGCUGUUCUUCCAUUUUACACUCUCAUGGUCGUAGCUCCUAAAGCAGAACUGUUAUCUGGUAUUGCUAAGAUGUUCUCCAGUGAGAUGACAUUAGCUUCAGCUUGGAUUCACUUGUUAGCUGUUGAUCUAUUUGCUGCGAGGCAAGUGUUUCAUGAUGGAUUGGAAAAUGAAAUUGAGACUCGACAUUCUGUUUCUCUUUGCCUUCUCUUCUGCCCCAUUGGAAUUGUUACUCAUGUCAUCACUAAAGCACUAACAAAAAGUGCCGGAAGUACUAGACAUGGCGUGUAAUUUGUUCGUUCAUUUAUGCAGAAUCAAUUGAACAGAUUCGUUGGAGUUUAUAUAAUUAACUUCUCCAAUUUGAAAGCAGAUGCAUUCGUUAA